CUUGUUAAACUCAACGCUCGGGUGGCGGCGGGUCCCCCAGCGCGGCCAUUAGCAAUGCCGCGCCGGCGCGGGGGAACUACAACUCUCGGCGGCCCCCGCGCCCCACUGCUUCCUGCCGAGCUAAGAUGGCGGCCGGCGAGCAGCGUGUGGUUAGCGCGGCGCCGGCGGGCUACACGGCUCUGGCGGUGAAGUUCGGGGCGCGGCAGCGCUCGCCCCACUGCCUGUUGGUGAAGGAGCACCAGGUGCGGGAAGGGGCCGGCACCGCGCACCCGCCUCGCCGCACCCUCUUCGUCCUCAACGUCCCCCCGUACUGCAGCCCGGACUCUCUCUCUAGGCUGUUCACCCGCUGCGGGCCUGUCCAGUCUGUGGAGAUCUGUGACAAGCCAGGGCCGGGAGAGAAAAAAGAAAAACAGACGUCCAAAUUCUUCAACCGCAAAACUGUAACGGGAUUUCAAGUAGCAUAUGUGGUAUUCAGGAAACCAGCUGGUGUCCAGGCAGCCAAGACCCUGUCACGGGAAGGUCCCUUGCUCAUAUCAACAGAGAGUCACCCUGUGAAAACUGGCAUUAGCAAGUGGAUCGCCAGCUAUGCAGCCUCAGUCGUGGAUCGGGAGGAGCUGAAGGCUGAGGUGGAUGCCUACAUGCAAGACUAUGACAAAAAGAUAGCAGAGGAAGAAGCCAAAGCAGCCAAGCAGGAGGGUGUUCCAGAUGAGGAGGGCUGGGUGAAGGUAACACGAAAGGGCCGGAAGCCUGGCCUACCCCGGAUGGAGGCUGCUAACCUGCGGAUGCUGGAGAGGGAGAAACAGAAAAGGGCCCGCAAAGAGCUGCUCAGCUUCUAUGCCUGGCAGCAUCGUGAGACCAAGAGAGAGCACAUUGCCCAGCUGAGGAAGAAAUUUGAGGAGGACAAGCAGAGAAUCGCGCUGAUGCAAGCCCAGCGCAAGUUUCGGCCGUACUAAGCUGUGCUGAGCUGUUCCUCAGAUGCCUGUGCUGGAGGGUGGGAGAGAUGCCUAUGGACUCCGUGUGCCAAAGGAUUUCAAGGAAUUGAGGCAGCUUCAGAUUGUCCCUGCCCUUGGAUCUGAAAUGGGACAUCCCAGCAACUGCCACUGGAGGGGGAGUUUCCUUCAUUUGCACUGGUAUCGUCCUGCUUUCCAGGCCAUCGUUUGGCCCUGGGGCACCACUUCCCAGGGUGCUCAGGUCAAGGGACUCAGGCACUUCCUGUGACAACCUGUAUUUCCCUGCCACCCAAGGCCCUCCUAAAGCUUGGUGAGAGCUGGGAUUGAUCUAGCACAGCCUCUGCAGGCACAGGGAAUGGCUGAAGAACUGCAAAUAAACUGCUGCUAUGUUCUCAAAACACAGGAAUGCCUCUCUCCCCCCCUUGGUCUGCUGUGGGGGACAGCUUCUUGUGUGCUGGGGUGGCAAUAAAAGUCAUGGCUUGUA